AUGGACAAGUUUGUAAAACGACCGGAAUCCAACGUUACAAGUGAACUUGAAGAACCAUCUAAAUCGUCAGGAAAAGUCAGAAAAUAUGACGAUAGUUAUAUUGAAUUCGGCUUCAUUGAAAACAAGGACAGUAGACCAAAGUGUGUAAUCGACAUACAGGUGCUUUCAAGCGAUGCUAUGAAGCCUGCUAAACUGAGGAGACAUCGAAAUACGAAACAUCCGGAUUGUGCUCAGAAAAGCAGGUCCUUUUUUGAGCGUAAGAGAGAGGUGUACUGCCGACAACAAACUACAAUGACAAGUCUCACCACCAUUCCCCAGAAGGCACAGCGGGCCUCCUACCUGACAGCGCAGAGGAUAGCCAAAAGCAAUAAGUCCCACACGAUCGGGGAGGAGCUGGUGCUCCCCGCUGCGAUGGAGAUGUGUGAGGUGAUGAUCGGGAAAGAGGCCGCAAGCAAACUUAUAUCUGUACCUCUCUCAAACGACACAGUAAGAAGAAGGCUUGAAGACAUGUCCUGUGACAUAAAAUCGCAACUCGUGGCAAGAUUGCAAACGUGUCAUUUUUCAAUUCAACUCGACGAGUCCACUGACUUGUCAAAUUCCGCCCAACUCAUUGCGCUCGUUCGCUACCCAUGGGAUGGACACAUUUUUGAGGAUUUUUUGUUUUGGAAAAAGGUGAAUGGGCGAACAACAGGUGAGGACAUAUUCAAUAUACUUGAUACUUUCAUGAGCGAAACAACGCUGAAAUGGGAGAACUGCGUUGCUGUCUGCACCGAUGGCGCAGCUGCUAUGACUGGCUGUAAGAGUGGGGUGGUUGCGAGAAUAAAGGCGCUCAAUCCGCAGAUUGUAGCCAUGCACUGCAUGCUGCAUAGCAGGGUUGUUAUGAUUUAA